UCUAGAUAUCUCCACCUCGAGAUUCUUGCUUGCUACGCUUCUUCUCGACGCUCCAUUCUUCCCAGCGGACAGCUUGGCCCACCUUCCUAUCAUUCUUCCAUCCCCUUGAACGCUGCAUCCGGCUACAGUUUGCUCGCUCAGUCGAAUUAAAAUGGUUGCUGCUAACGGUGUAGUCAGCGCGCUGCCGGAGGGACACUUCCUCUUCACCUCCGAGUCGGUUGGUGAGGGGCACCCUGACAAGAUCUGUGACCAAGUUUCCGAUGCCAUCCUCGAUGCCUGCUUGGCACAAGACCCAAACUCUAAAGUCGCUUGCGAGACGGCGACCAAGACCGGUAUGAUCAUGGUCUUUGGUGAGAUCACCACCAAGGCUCAGCUUGACUACCAGAAGGUCAUCCGCGAGGCCAUCAAAGAGAUUGGCUACGACAGUUCCGAAAAGGGCUUUGACUACAAGACCUGCAACGUCCUCGUCGCCAUUGAGCAGCAGUCGCCAGACAUUGCCCAAGGUCUCGACCACGGC